AUGUCUCUCUUCUCUCGCACUCCAUGGCUAUUACUGCUGCUGUUGUGCUUUCUAGGGUUAGGAUUAGGAUUUGGGGACGCUCUCAAGGUUCCCCUCAGGAUCAAGGAUGUGCUUCCGGUUCUGCCACGUCAGAUAUCGUGGCCGGUGCUCAACAAUUUCCACAGUGCUGUGGAUUUGUUGCCUUCUUUUAUCGGGUCGGUGACUCCUGACAAUACAUCAAUUGAAUGGGAAGGAGCUUGCUUUUCUGGUAACCAGGCUCGGCUCGAGUUCACCGAAGGCGAUCGGGACAAACCCAAUUUGGGAGGUGGCGUUCUCUAUCUCAAGACUUCUGAGGCACACAGUUGGGCUUGUAUGGAUCUGUAUGUUUUUGCAACACCCUAUCGGAUUACAUGGGAUUACUACUUCUCUGCUCGAGAACAUACCUUGAAAUUCGACUCGUGGGAAGAGCAGGCAGAGUUGGAAUAUGUAAAGCAGCAUGGGGUCUCUGUGUUUCUCAUGCCAUCAGGGAUGCUGGGGACCAUGCUUUCUUUAAUAGAUGUUUUGCCGCUGUUUUCUAACACUGCUUGGGGUCAAAGUGCAAACAUUGAUUUUUUGAAGAAGCACAUGGGUGCAACAUUUGAAAAACGUUCUCAGCCUUGGCAGACAACUAUAAAUCCAGAAGAUGUUCAUUCUGGUGAUUUUCUAGCAGUUUCAAAGAUCCGUGGCCGAUGGGGUGGAUUCGAGACAUUGGAAAAAUGGGUAACUGGAGCAUUUGCUGGCCAUACAGCAGUGUGCUUGAAGGAUGAGAUGGGCAAUCUAUGGGUUGGUGAAUCGGGACAUGAAAAUGAAAAGGGUGAAGAAAUUAUAGCGGUGGUUCCAUGGGAUGAGUGGUGGGAACUGGCACUCAAGGAUAGUUCUAAUCCACAAAUAGCCUUGCUUCCCUUGCAUCCAGAAUUGCAUGCAAAAUUCAAUUCUACGGCAGCAUGGGAAUAUGCUCGGAGUAUGUCCGGGAAGCCAUAUGGUUAUCACAACAUGAUAUUUAGCUGGAUUGACACCAUGGCUGACAACUAUCCUCCUCCUCUUGAUACUCACUUGGUUGUUUCUGUCAUGUCUAUGUGGACCAGGAUGCAGCCUGCUUAUGCUGCAAAUAUGUGGAAUGAAGCUCUCAACAAGCGUCUGGGGACAGAGGGUUUGGACCUGUACGAGAUUUUAACUGAGGUUGAGAAUCGUGAAAUAGCCUUUGAUCAUUUGCUUACAAUUCCAGAAAAAGAUGAAUGGGUAUACAGCGAUGGCAAAUCUACAACAUGUGUUGCUUUUAUUCUUGCAAUGUAUAAAGAAGCUGGGAUUUUUGGUCCUAUUUCCAACUCUAUCCAAGUUACUGAAUUCACUAUUCGUGAUGCGUACAUGCUUAAGAUUUUUGAGGAUAACCAAACCCGCUUGCCAAGUUGGUGUAAUGGCAAGAACGAAAAGCUCCCAUUCUGCCAGAUCCUUGGUGAAUAUCGGAUGGAACUGCCUGAAUAUAACACCAUAGAGCCAUACACUAACAUGAAUGAGCACUGCCCCUCCCUACCUCCUACUUACGACAGACCUCUACGAUGCUAA